GGAUAGAAGCAUACAGCGCAGAUGGUUCUAGAGACCUUACCGCUUGGUUUGUAGAGUUUGAGGAAAUCUCUAGUUUAGCGCGCUGGUCUGAUGAGCAUAAGUUUAUUAUGUGUCGGAAGAAACUGACCGGUGUGGCCAAGAGCUUUCUUGCUACAUUGCGCGGAGUUACCACUUAUGCUGCGCUGAUGCGCGCGUUGUUAGCCGAAUUUGCAACAGUAGUCAGAGCGAGUGAUGUCUAUCGGAAAUUGGCUUCGCGGAAGAAAAGGAAAGACGAAUCAGCGCUUGAAUUCAUUUAUUCGAUGCAAAAACUCGCGCAGUCUAUCGAUAUCGAAGAAGAAGACCUUUGCGAAUUCAUCGUGGACGGGUUUUCGUCCGAUGAAACAACAAGGGCGAUUUUGUACGAAGCAACAACAAUUUCGCAACUAAAGAAAAAAAUAGCGCUGCGAGAACGGGCAGACACAAAAUCAGAGGAUAAGAAAAAACGGCCCUUUGUUGAGCAAAUGCCUAAGCAGCACAAAGACACACCAAAUACACGGAAGCCCAAGUGUUACAAUUGUGGUCAGCUGGGGCACGUGGCCACCAGCUGUGUCGAGCGAAAAAGGGGCGUCAAGUGUUACGGGUGCGGCGUGUACGGGCACAAAGCAAGCGAAUGUGAGAAGAAACAAACAACCAACGCGGGUACACAUUUGGUGACAGAGAGCAACGAUACAAUGCAUUCCAGAGAAUAGGCUCCCCGCCUUUAGAAAACACGUUCGUGACGUUCAACGGUUUUGGCGGUACACAAACAAAAGCCAUCGGACGAAUUUUUGUGGAUGUGUGUGUGUGUGCCGUAUCAUACAAAAACGUUCCUUUUUUCGUGGUGCCGGAUGGAACGAUGGUUUAUGACGCUUUGUUAGGAAGAGAGUCUCUACAGUUUUUUAACGUCUAAGUGACAAUAGAUGGUGUAAAACUAAUCCCACGGAGUGACGAAAUGGAGCAGGUAGCAGAAAGCAACGUUUUUUUGGCUGAUAUAUUUUCAACCUCCACCGACCCGAGAAUAAUAGUGCCGAGUGGUUAUGAAGAACAAAUAAGUGCGUUGAUCGAGAAGCAUUGUGUCAACGACGAGUAACAGCCGCCCAAGGAAUCGACGAUAACAAUGCGGAUCAUCACCAACGAAGGGGCGGUGCCGUUUCGUCAAUCACCUAGACGUUUCUCUCCGCCUGAGAACGAGAUCGUGGAACAACAGAUAGAACAAUGGCUGGAGCAAGGAGUGAUCCAGAAAUCGUCGUCCGACUUUGCGAGCAGAGUGGUGAUCGUCAAGAAAAAGAACGGCGUUAUUAUGCGUUGAUUAUAGGAAACUCAAUUCGAUCGUAUUAAAAGAUGGUUUUCCAAUCCCAGUAAUUGAUGAGGUAUUAGAAAAACUACAGAAAGCUAGGUAUUUUACAGUUAUGGAUUUAACAAACGGAUUUUUUCAUGUUCCAAUAGAAGAUAGUAGUAGAAAAUAUACCGCGUUUGCCACAAAAACGGGAUUGUACAAAUUUAAGAGAGCACCAUUUGGUUUUUGUAAUUCUCCCGCAGUUUUCAUUAGAUUUGUUAACACUAUUUUUUCAAUCAUUAAUUAAUCAAAAUGUAUUAGAUCUGUAUAUGGACUGUUGGCACGAUAUCAUCCUCGUGCAUAUUAGAUGCACCUGUAGUGAUAAGAAAUCUUCUAACUACCCAAAAGAAUAAUGUGGCUUGAAUUUGUGUAGUUACUUGGAGUUUAUUUCUUCUAUGUUAACUCGGGCAGCGUUUCCUCUUAGAUCGGACUUUUGUUAAUGAUCCUAAACCUCAACUUAUCCUUAAUUUAUACUCACUCGUUCGCGCCAAAAUUCCUUAAUCCUAUUCCUCAUUGGCUAAUCCUAAUUAUCGCCUAUUUUACUAUUUCCUAUUUCCUAUCUUAUGCUAUUCUAUUCUAUCCUACGUGUAGCCUUAAUUGUAGAUGUAUGUGUGUAAAUAUAUAUAUGCAUAAUUAAAAUCUAACUAUGUGUAUGUGUGUAAGUGUAUAUGUGUAUAAUUUAAACCUAGCUAGCUAUAAUU